AUGGCUCACCUGCCGGACGAGCUCGUCCGCGUGAUCCUCCUCCGCGUCACACCCGACGACCCCGCGUGCCUCCUCCGCGCCGCCGUCGUAUGCAAGAGCUGGCGCCGCAUGCUCGCCGACCCCGACUUCCGCUGCCGCCACCGGGAGCUCCACCCGACGCCUCACGUCGCCGGCUUCCUCCGCAUCGUGAGCGACGCCAUACCCUACAGCUCCCGCUUCGAGUCCAUCGACCCCACCUUCCGCCGUCCCGCCACCCGCGACCUCCCGGGCUGGCUCGCCCUCGACUGCCGCCACGGCCGCGCCCUCUUCGCCACCCCAGCCCCAGUCGGGGGCUUCCCGGUGGUUUUGGACUUCAUCGUCUGGAACCCUUUGACGGACGAGCGCCGCCGCCUGCCCCAGCCCUCUCCCCGCCCCACGGCCCCAUCCACUGGCCGCUCCACGGACCGCCCCCAUUUCAACGCGGCGGUACUCUGCGCUGCCACUGCUGAAGGCUGCGAUCACCGCGGCUGCCACAGGGGCCCCUUCCGCGUGGUUUUCCUCUUCAGCACCUCGACUCGCACAUGCGCGCUCGUGUACUCCUCUGAGACGGAUGAUUGGAAAUACGUAACCUCUACUCCAGGCCACAAUCUGUACUCCGUCGACAACAUGCCAUCUCCGAGCGUUCUCGUAGGAGACGCCCUCUACUUCAGGGGCAGUGGGAACUACCACGCUUUUGAAUACCAAGUAACCACCCAUCGCCUUUCGGCGAUCUGCAAAUCCUCAGUCAGCAUCCCUCAUGGCCACGGCGGAUGGUGA